UCGGCGCGCUCGAGCCAAGAAGCUGAGCCUUCGGACAGUGUGGCUCCAAGUUCCCCGACCCGAUGCGGCCCGUUGAUCCCCGUGAGGGGUUCGCCCCAAUCAUGAAGACGUGAUGCUGUCAAAGCUGCAGCGAAGGAUAACAUUCGCGCCUGUACAGAUGGACGACGGAGAGCCGCCGGGCAUGGUGAAUCGUGGUCGUAACCUGUGCUUUGCCAUUUCAUCAUUGCAAUGCAUCUUUCGCACACCAGAAAUGGGCUACCUCAUGGAAGACUGGCUUACCAAUAGCACCCUCCUGAUGAGUAACAGUGAAGAAGAUUUUCUCUUGUCUUUCCUAAACCUUAUGCGCGAGUGCCUGAAUCGUAACCUUCGUCCCACAACACAGGAGACGUUCAUACGGCUCUGUCGUACAUUCAUGCCUCAACUGGUUGCUGCCCCAUCGAGUCCUCAGGAGCAACAAGACGCCGCUGAAUUUACGAUGACAUUACUGAAUAUCUUGCACAAGAUCCUCAACAGUCGCCGGAAAAAAAAUAAAUCCAACCCCGAAUGCGGCGCUUCGUCUGAACGCAACUCGGAGCAUCUGACCGUGUCCAUUGCUCACCUGACCAGGCGACUUCUCGACUACAUUCUUCAGGUGGCGUACAAAGGCUGGGAAGUGUACGAGAGUUACAACGACUCUCCCAUCGUGCAUCUGUUCACGGGUCAGACGGCGGACGUCCAUCAGUGCACAACUUGUCUGAAGACCAGCAUCAGGACUCAGAUCUUCAACAUUCUCCCCAUCAGCAUACUUCAGGUACAGCGUGCUGGAAGCAAUGUACCAAUUCGGUUGUUCGAUCUCCUAGCUAGCUUCAGCGAAGCGGGAAGAAUGGAUAGCCGGAACUCGAGAAGCGAACUGGAACUUCAAGCUGGUCCCAUCUGCAACAUGCCGGAGCACACGAGCUGGCUUAAUCGCACUAUCUUAUCACAGACGCCGACAUCGGUUGUUUUGCAACUGUUGAGGUUCCAGUUCGAUAGUAGCACCGGAGAAGCGCACAAGAUAAAACAUUCUGUUCACGUACCGUGUAAUAUGUGUCUGCCAAACGGGUCGGGGACUUGGCCGCAGUACCAGUUGUAUGCCGUUGUGGUACACGUCGGUGCGAGGUCAACGCAGGACGGUCAUUAUAUAGCGUACGCCGAAGAGCGUCUCAGAGGAAAAUGGUUCAAGUUCGAUGACGAAGUGGUUUCGGUAGUGCCUGAUAUGGAAGGUGAACUCAGAACACCUUUCCUCAUGGAGAAUGCUUACCUGUUGUUCUACAGAAAGACAUAGACCAGUACAUGGGUAACAUGCCCUCAUGUGUGCAUCUACAAAUUACAGCUAGGAACAUGUUGGCGUAUCUGUACAUAAUUACAAUAUUAAAUAUUGCGUGUGACGUA